GCACGCAUUCAUUUCCUACUUCUCACAACUGCCACCCUUCUCUCUCUGUUUUCUCAGCAUACAAACACAGCAAAAACAUGGGGCCGUACCGAUCGUCGCCGGCCGUGGCAGUCCUCCUCCUCACGAUCUUCACUGUCUCAUCGGCCCUCGACAUGUCCAUCAUCUCCUACGACAACAACCUCGGAGACGGCAAGUCCACGGGCAGCUGGAGGACUGACGAUGAGGUGAUGUCGAUGUACGAGGGGUGGCUGGCGGAGCACGGCAAGGCAUACAACGCCCUGGGAGAGAAGGAGCGGCGGUUCCAGAUCUUUAAAGACAACCUCAGGUACAUCGACGAACAGAACUCCAAGAACCUCAGCUACAAGCUGGGUCUGAACCGGUUCGCCGAUCUGUCGAACGAGGAGUACCGGAACACUUACCUUGGCACCAAGACUCGCGCUCAGAAGAAGCGGCUCUCCAACAGGAAUACCAAGAGUGACCGGUACGCGCCGCGUGUCGGCGAUUCGUUGCCUGACUCCAUUGAUUGGAGGGAGGAGGGCGCAGUUAACCCAGUCAAAGACCAAGGCAGCUGCGGGAGUUGCUGGGCAUUCUCAACUAUCUCCGCCGUGGAAGGUAUCAAUAAGCUAGUGACCGGUGACCUCAUCUCACUAUCUGAGCAGGAGCUGGUAGACUGCGAUACAACAUACAAUGAAGGAUGCAAUGGAGGUCUCAUGGACUACGCCUUUGAGUUCAUCAUAAAAAAUGGCGGAAUUGACAGCGAAGAGGACUAUCCUUACAAAGGAUACGAUGCCGCAUGUGACCCCUACAGGAAAAAUGCCAGGGUGGUUUCGAUCGACACUUAUGAAGAUGUUCCUGUAAACAGUGAGGAAGCAUUGAAAAAGGCUGUUGCCAAUCAGCCAAUCGCCGUUGCCAUUGAAGGAGGUGGCAGAGACUUCCAGUUGUAUUACUCCGGUGUAUUUACAGGACGUUGUGGGACGGAUUUGGACCAUGGUGUGACAGUUGUUGGAUACGGCACAGACAAGGGGCUCGAUUACUGGAUAGUGAGAAACUCAUGGGGCGAAAGCUGGGGAGAGAAGGGAUACAUCAGGAUGCAGCGUAAUCUGGGCAACACCGCUAAUGGGAUAUGUGGAAUUGCCAUGGAGCCUUCUUACCCGAUAAAGAAUGGCCAGAAUCCCCCUAACCCCGGUCCUUCUCCUCCAUCUCCGAUAUCAGUUUGUGACGAGUACUACUCUUGCCCUGAGAGCAACACGUGCUGCUGCAUUUACCAGAUUGGAAACUAUUGCUUUACUUGGGGAUGCUGUCCACUUGAAGGUGCCACCUGCUGUGAUGACCAUUACAGUUGCUGCCCAAGCGCAUAUCCUGUUUGCGAUGUCAAUGCCGGAGCUUGUUUGAUGAGCAAGGGCAAUCCUUUGGGAGUGAAGGCAUUGAAGCGCACCGCCGCAAAACCCCACUGGGCUGUUGGUGGCGGAAAGAGCAGCAGUGCUUAAGCAAAACACCCAAGCCUUGAUGCAGUGGUUUAACAAAAGCUAAGAAGGAAGAGAAGUAUCAAAGCAUGAUUGAUAAUCUCCUCCUUCGUUUAUCGUUACCAGCGGAUUACGCUCUUAAUCGUAAUUUAUAGUCCAAGAAAAGGAUUAUUUCAGAUUCUGAUUUGUAUAUAGGCCUGUAUUUAUUACUUAUUGCAUUUGAUCAGUUGAAAGACAAUACAUAUUGUUGUCAAUUUAGCAAAUAUGCUCUGUAAGUUUUCAUGAAUUUGGCUUUGGCUUUUAUGAAAAGUGCUUCGCUCCCAA